UUGUAGCCUCUGUACUUCCGGAUCAACUGUCAUGGCGGCGUCCUGAAUGCGCUUGCUGCGUUAUUUACCUGAGAUUUAUCCCCCCAAAACACCGACUUUAUCAUUUUUAUUUAGGUGAAUGGACUGAACUGCAGACAGGCGGAGAUGGAGCCGAAGAAGGUGAUGCAGUGGAACACCAGGGCGUCCGCUGUGUACGCGCUCGGAGUGUGGACCAUGGUCGGGUCAUACUUGUACUUCAAAUACACGGGGAAAUUUGACACACCAGAAUUCACACAACCCCCAAAAACAGAAGAAAUGGAGAAUCCAAAUGAAGUGACUUAUAACACAGCUCACUCUAAAACUGUCAUAGUUUAUAAGAAAGACUUUGUGCCUUACACAACGCGCAUCAUGAACUUCAUCGAGUCCUUCACUGGUGGAGCUCCACCUGGAGACAGAGACAAUGGCAAAUAGCUGUCUGAAAAAAUGGACUAAAGGAAAUUAAUGGACGUGAAGGUUUUGCGUGCAUUAUGAGUGUCAUCUAGCAUCUCUUUGUGUAUAAUUAUUUAAAUUACAUAUUCAUUAUACAAAAUCAGAUUCAAACAAGUUGCAUUCACUACUAUGCUACACAAAUGAUGAUAUAUUCAGUAAAGUGUGAUACGCCAUACACCCAAUAAUAUUUUGGUUUCAUAAGAUCAUAACACAAAUAAAAGCUUUUAAGUGUGUACCUGA